AUGUACGCUUCGAGCAACGGAUUUGUACGCUCCAUCAUAAGCGCUUAUAGUGAACACCACCACCUUAUUCUUCGACCUGAAGAUAUUUGGUUCGCUAUCCUCACACAAAUCAGCUCAUACGUCAAUGCUCACGCAGAAUAUCUACGGGACAUAUUUGUUGAGCACAAGGGGCAGAAAGAGCUGGUGAUUGAGUACGGUUCGGGAAACAGAUAUAGUGUUGACUUUGGAGCGUUUGCGUACCAAAUGUCAAAGCUUCUCGAGGACAAGAUUGUCGAUCAAGAAUACAGAGAUUGGGUCAUGCCGAAGUUCACAACGACGACAAAACACGACCAGGUAGUGGCAUCGAUAAUUAUGAUGGCAACCAUGCAAAAGUACUUCAGUUUCAAGUGCAGCAUAGGGUGCGGGAUCCCAUCGGUCACUCUCCUGGGAGAAAAGGCAUACUAUGAACUCAUCUUGAAGGGACUUGAUAAGCUUCGGUCAUUGGGAAUCGAGCCCACCCAGUUUGCGGAUGUUCUUCAAUCAUUCUCAAUAAAAUGA